UUUUACCACCAUUCCAAAUUUCCACACAUACUCCUCAUUUUCAAAGAAACAUCACUUCCCACCACUCUGCUCGCUUUCUUUGACUUCAUUCAUAAGCCCUUGUUCGUGGUUGAAGCAUAACCACAUGUUAUACCCAUUUUAGCUUCACUCUGUGUUGCAUGACCUCCUAUCUCAUAGGUCUGUUCAAGUUCCUUCCUUUGCCUUUAUUAUAUUCAAUAUCAUUUUAACCCUUUUUGUGUUUCAGAGUUCAGCGGUAGCCUGCAAAAUCAAUUCUAUUCAAUAGCUGAAUUCUGUACACAAGAUGGGGUGUUUCACUGUCUUGAAAUACAAGAAGAAAAAGACAGAUCAUAUCAUAUACUCAAAAUGUGUCAGCCAUAAUGAACAUGUACCUAGAGUACUGCCUCAACCUCAACCUCAUUUGCUGAAGUCUGCACCUCCUAGUUUUAGGACUAGAGUGAAAUCUAUUCACCCAAUUAACAAAGUUACCAAUAACAGAACACGGGCAUUAUCGGCUCCAUCAUCUCUUGAUGUAACCAAACAAGAUGCUCUAACCACAGUUGAGUUUGAGGAAUGCGAAGAAUCUAGAUACCAAGCGGUAUCAAUGAAGGAGCAGCAUUCAUCUAAUCCACAACCUUUACCUCUUCCAUCUAGUAGUGGUGGCAGUGCAUUGAAGGCUACUGGGAGCUUUAAGUCAGGCACAACUAGUGGUCGUAUAUAUCGACCAGCUCAUGAUGCAGCUGAACAGGAUGCUUUGGCCUCAGUUGAGUAUGAGGAACAAGAAGAGUCAAAACACCGAGUUGGAUUGAUGAAGGAGCAAUCUUCUUCUAAUCCGCAACCUUUGCCUCUUCCAUCUCGUCAGGGUAGUGGUGGUGCAUUGAAGGCCAAUGGCAGCUUUAAGUUGGGGAUGGCUACUGCUCCUAUAUAUGUUUCAGGACCUUUGCCUCUUCCGCCUACAGGAUUGCUUAGAAACUUUCCAUUUGAGGAAAUUGCUUCUGCUUGCCACAAUUUCUCUUCAGAUCGGUGCAUGUCAGAAUGUCUUUCUUCUACCAUGUAUAGCGCUUCAUUUGGUGACGAUGCUUCAAGUGCAAAGAAGUUUGAAGCCACUGUCACCCGCCUUCAUUCAUCAACCCAGGGACUGAAGGACUUUAUAAAUGAUGUUAAUACCCUUGCAUCAUUGCAACAUCCAAACCUAUGUAAAUUGCUGGGAUUUCAUGCACGUGAUGGUUCUGAACCAAGGAUGUUGGUUUAUGAGAGGCUACGCCAUGGAAGCUUGGACCGCAUGUUGUUUGGGAGAUCUGAUGGCCCUUCAAUUGAUUGGAACUCGCGAAUGAAAAUUGCCAUAUGUGCUGCACAAGGUCUUGCUUUCCUGCAUGAAGAAGGGCCUUUCCAGGCAAUGUAUAAAGAAUUUUCAACAGCCAACAUACAGAUUGACAAAGAUUUCAGUGCAAAGCUUUCUGGAUAUGGUUGUGUUGGACGUAUUCCUGAGGAAGAGAUUUCAACCGGUUCAUCUGCUAUUGGAAACCUGUCAGUGGAGACAUUUGAAAGAGGAAUUCUUACUCCAAAAAGCAAUGUAUGGUGUUUUGGAAUUGUUCUAUUGGAGCUACUUACUGGCAGGAAGAAUCUUGAAAGCCAUCACCCCAAGGAAGAGAGGAACUUGGUCAAGUGGAGUCGGCCUUUCCUUGCUGAUGAUUUUCGACUGUCACUGAUAAUGGAUCCUCAAUUUAAAGGCCGUUUUCCUCCCAAAGCAGCAAGAACAGUAGCUGACAUUGCACAGAGAUGCCUCCAAAAGGAGCCAUCAGAAAGACCCACCAUGAGAACCAUUGUUGAGCAUCUCAAAAUGGUACAAGAUAUGAAGUACUCUUGUUGGUUUCCACUGCAAGAACCUGCAGCUAUGUCUUCAAAACAAAUUUCAAGAUCACCAAGUCUUAAUGGUAUCAUAUGUCGUGCACCUAGGUUUACUUCCUCUCCACCAAUAGCCAUGCCAUCUGUUUCAUCUCCAAGAUGGCCUGCUAUGCCUGCGCUGCAUCUUCCUCUUCACUCUUGUUCCUCCGCCCUGUCUGUGGAGGAGCUUGGUAGGCCAGAAAGCAGGAACUCAUCAUCCUCAGUGUGUAGGGGAGCUAGCGUUGAAGGAUAUUGACUGUUUAUAAUUUUCAUUUUUUAUUUGUUGUAAUUAUCAUUUUUGGGGUGAUUCAACACAAGUUUAUAGGAGAUAAAUUCUUCCACCUUGCCAUUUCUCUUCAUGAUGCUGAGAUAUUCUUUUGUAGAUAGUGCAAAGGUUGGUUAUAAUGGGUCCAAGUAGUUACCAAUUUUGACGGAAUUUUUUGAUUUGAUUGGAUUCAGGGAUGAGGUUGCAUUUUCCCCCAUAAUACCCAUCUUGAACAUGAAUUCGACCUCUUUACAAUAAUAAUUAAACUAUAACAGUCGUUAAAUUAUUAUUUUUAGUUUACAUUUUAGUACUAUUAACAAUUUAUAAUAUAUGAUUUGAUUAU